AUGGAAUCCCCUAAAGACCCAUCGCCGCCCGCGUCGCAGGAUAGCACCGGCAUGGCAUCCCGCAACCGUCUGCUCGAGGCGGAUACUAUUCAUACGAUCAGCACGCCCGGCAGACUGCCGACGAUUAGGUUGAGAGGGAAGACGGAUGAUUUGCCUCAGGACUGGUGGUUCGCAUCAACAGCCAUCCCGCUGAUCGCGGCGACGUUGGGACCGUUGGCGAAUGUGCUGAGUAUUGCGGCGCUGGUCUCGAAAUGGAGGGUUACGCUGCCGAAUGAUGGGGUGUUGCCCGAGGGGAGCGAUCAGUAUGGGGUGGAUAUUGCGGAUCCGCAUUGGGAAAUUGUACUCAACGCUAUAUCCCUCGGAUUUGGGUUUUUUGGAAACUUCCUUCUGCUGCUGAAUUUCACGAAAAGGGUUCGAUAUAUCAUUGCGUUACCAGUGACCAUUAUUGCAUGGUAUUUUGCCACGGGAAUUCUCAUCGGUAUUAUCGUUGCGAUGAAUAAUUACGUUCCGCCUAUACGACCCGGAGAAACGUAUUCUCAAGGAUUUUGGCACGCGAUCAUUGCGGCGGUACUUUACCUUAUUGGUUCUAUGAUGUUGAUGGUCAAUAUGCUUGGAUAUUUUUUGGGGCAUUACCCGCAACAUUUCGACCUAGACGAUGAUCAACGGACGCUUAUUCUCCAGACGAUGAUGUUCUUUUUCUGGUUAGCUGGUGGCGCUGCCGUAUUUGCUAGAGUCUGUGAUUGGCGUUAUGCGGAUGCCUUGUAUUUCUGCGAUGUCACUGUCUUAACAGUCGGAUUUGGCGAUUAUGUCGGAACUAAUGAUGCUGCUCGGGGACUGGUGUUUCCAUAUUCUGUAAUUGGUAUUAUAUUUUUGGGUCUCAUGAUCAACAGUAUUCGAAAGUUCGCUAUUGGAAUGUCAAAGGACAAGGUUAUUCGAAAACAUCAGCUUCAGAAGAGAGAACAGACUCUUAGUCGAACGGUCACGAGCGAGAAGGAGUUAAGAGACCGUCUUGGACUACCCCCGAGAAGAGAGUCUACUGAAGCAAGAAAGGCUUCCGUCUUGUCCCGGAGAGCGUCAGAUGGAUUAAAUGCGAACUCGUUGCUGAAAACGCGCGAUUCAUUAGACCAAUAUGGUCAUUUUCAUGUCAAGGGUCGGACUAUCGAAUUCCGUGAGAAAAAAGGACACGCUGGAGGAGGUGGACGAGGUGGGGCUGGACGACACAACUCUCACGGGGCCAAGACUGCCCUCAGUCGAGAUGCAAAAUUACAAGCGCGAGCAACAGGAGCUACUGCUGAAGCACGACGAUCUGCCAGACGUGCCAAACUGGUUUUGCUCAAAGAGGAGAAGGAUAGAUUCGAAGCGAUGCGAGAAAUCCAAUCCAACACUCACAAAUUCGAAAAAUACUGGGCGUUAUCUAUGUCGGUCUUCGCAUUCGGUGUUCUCUGGUGUGUAGGAGCAUUGGUAUUCAUGUACGCGGAGCACCGAAUCCAAGACCUCAGCUACUUUGAAGCUCUUUACUUCUGCUAUGUCUCUCUUCUUACAAUCGGCUACGGCGACUUUUCACCCAAAUCGAACGCUGGAAAACCAUUCUUUGUGAUUUGGUCUCUUAUCGCCAUUCCUACAAUGACAAUUCUAAUCUCUGAUAUGUCAGAAACCGUCGUUGGAAGUAUAAAUCGUGGAACUUUCAAGCUCGCAGAUUGGACUGUGAUGCCUAAAGAGGGCGUGUGGCAUGACUUUCUUGAAAGUCAUCCGCAACUAAAAGACUGGAUUGAGCGCAAGACUCAAGAACGAGAGGCCAAAGCUCGAAUCAAUGCCGGUUUUGAAUUACCCAGACCAGACGAGGAAAUCACCGCUGAACCCCAAACCCUCGAAAACCUGGCCGAAGAAAAAAUACCGGCAAAAACGGAUCAUGAACUCGCGCGCCGGUUGGCGAAAACCAUCAAACGCGUGGCUAACGAUUUACGUGCUGAUCAGCCUGUCAAAUAUGAUUACGAGGAGUGGGUUGAGUUCACCAGGCUUAUUCGGUUCAGUGCAAAGGGCGUGGAGGGUGAUGGCGAUACUUCAGGCGACGAGGAUGGAGAGGGUGGAGAGUUGGGACUUGUGAAGUGGGAUUGGAUUGGCGAGGAUAGUCCUAUGCUAGCGGAGGUAGGUGAGGCGGAGUGGGUUCUUGAACGGCUCUGUGAGAGUUUGGAUCGGUAUACAAAGGUGCAGGAUAGGAAGGCAAAGAAAGCCCUCCGUAAAGUCGACCACGAAACUGGUCACACACUCCACCAUCUCGAUACCGGGCAUUCAUCACAUCCCAAUUACCCAGCUCAUCCCGGUCAUCGAAAAGGCUAUUCCUACGACCAUCCUCCCCACGAAGCGGGUGAUAUCUCACCUGUGCUGAGACGCACGAAAGAUGGCGAGGAGGUCGUGCCGCUGCAUAAGCGGCAUGCGAAGGGAAAGGAUAAGCAGGGCGAGGGUGUGGAGGAUAGUGAGGAGAGAAUAAGAAGGGAUACGGAUGAGGGGGAGGAUGAACGGGAGAGGAUGGAUCGAGAGGUUAGGGUUGUGCUGGAGGAUGGACUGAGGGGUGGGGAGAUGGGGGAUUGGAUGAGUAGUGUUAAGAGUUGA